CUCCGAUUCCUCCUUCUUUUCUCCCUCCCUGUCUUGACUCCUUUCUAUCCCCCAUCAUCUCUUGCUGAUUUAUUCUUAUUUCCUUCUUCUUCUUACUUUUCAAUCUUUCCCCUCUUUGAGGCCAAUCUUGACCCAUGACAUCCUCCGUUUUACCACACCCCUUCUGAUUCUCUCGCUCGUCUACAUCCCCUCCCCCAAAUCCACCACCAUACUUUCCCACAUCAUUUCUCCUCCCAGUAUAGGAGUUUCUCAGCAUGCGGUGGCGGCUGCCUGGCGCCCAGUCGACCCUCCCUUCCAGUGUCGCACUUCUCCUGCUUCCAGUUCUUGUUACUCCGCAGCAGUGGCAACAACAACAACAACCUCGACACCAUCAACAGCAAUAUGACCUUCCUUCAACCGUCUCCGUCCUACACCAAAACCACGGUCCCCCAGUGGGAAGCAACCCUUCGUACGUAUCGGAUGUGAAGUCCAACGAUGUGAGCGCCCUUGCAACCAUGGCUCUGGCGGGCUCUAGCCGCGCCGUUCGAGCCCCUCCUGCCCAUGUCAGCAGCAGCUCUUCCGCUGGUCUGGCUCCGCAGCUUCACGCGCGGUCUCUGCAGGAUUGGAAGGUUGAGGACUUUGUCCUGUUGGCGACCGUCGAUGGUUCCAUUCACGCCCGUGACCGUAAAACUGGUGCCGCCCGCUGGGCUUUGGAGGUUCCAAGCAGCCCAGCGGUCGAAAGCAUCUAUCACCGAUCGAAUCACUCGAGCUUCGAUCGACAACAACCGGAGGACGAUUUCAUUUGGAUAGUGGAGCCGAGUCAGGGCGGUAGCCUCUACAUCUACAGCCCCGGUCCCGACGCGGGUUUACAAAAAUUGGGGUUGACGGUGAAGGAACUGGUUGAUGAAACGCCUUACUCGGGCGAUGACCCCGCCGUUACCUACACGGCACGAAAAGAGACAACCUUGUAUACUGUUGAUGCGCGAACCGGGACGAUCCUGCGGGUGUUUAGCUCCCACGGCCCGGUCUCGUCGGGUCAGGAAUGUCGAAAGGUCGAUGGUUUGGACGCGGAUGCCGAGGAAUGUGAAACCCCAUCUGGCACCUUGGUGCUGGGUCGAAUUGAAUACACGGUAGCCAUUCAAAAUACCGAAACGGGCGAUCCCAUUUGCACACUUAAAUACUCGGAGUGGACGGCUAACAAUCGAGACAUUGACCUCCAGAGUCAAUAUGUAAACACCAUGGACCAAAGCUUCAUCUACAGUAUGCAUGAUGGCGUGGUUCUGGGGUUCGAUCAUUCUGAGAUGGAUCGCCCGCGUUACACUCAGCGCUUUUCAAGUCCCGUCAUUCGAGUGUUCGAUGUGGCUCGACCAGUCGGUAGUGACUCGCCUAAUCAGCCUACGCCGCUAGUCUUACUCUCACAGCCUUCACAACCCCCGGAUCCGGACUAUGGGUCGAUGGAUGACCGCGACUUGCGCGUCUUUAUUGAUUGCACCGAGGCUGGCGGCUGGUAUGCCAUGUCGGAGGAGACGUACCCCUUGGUGACUGGACGAGCAAAGAUGGCUCAGUGUUAUCAGAAAGAUUACCUGCGUCAUGGGCAGCCGUUGACGAGUUUGACCACAAGACAGCAGCAGGAUGUUUUGGCCGGGGUUCACUCUCUGCACGCUCCCCGUGUUGUUCGGCGCCACAUCCCCAGCAUUUCAGGGCCUUCGUCUGCUGACAUGUCUAAUGACACACCUCCUCGGGGGCUUGUCCAUAGUUCAUCCGAAUUAGCCCUGCCGCCUGCUCUCCGCCACAGCACCAUUAUUCGCAAGGGCUGGGACAAUGCGGUGGACAUUUUUGUCACGCUUUUGUUGCUGUUCUUCGGUACUUUCAUUUGGUUCAAUUCCCACCAUAUUCAAGAAUUGGCCAAACAGAAAUUAGAUUUGAAGAAUAUCAUCGUAUCGUAUGGGCAGCCACCCUUGUCGACACCGUCAACGCCGGUCAUUGAUGGCCCUCAUAUGAAGCGAGAAAUCAAUGAGAACGAACCCGCACCCGAUGUGAUGGUUGAUAUGAGCGUCUCUGAGGAGCAGCAGUCGGCUGGUGAUAUGACGCCCAAGCCCAAGAAGACCGCGAACGCCUUGGCCCCUGACACAACUCCCCGAGUCCGCAUUCGAGAGCCAUCCCAAGGACCCGACGCUGACGACGACGUAGACGAUUUCAAUCUUCAGGAAUCUGAAAAGGGCGACGGCGAGAAACCUAAGAAGAAAGCUCGCCGUGGGCGCCGUGGCGGAAAGAAUCACAGACGUGGCAAGAAGCCUACCGAGGGCGAGGCAAAGGAGCAGGCGGAUCGCGUUGUGGAAGAAGUGAACAAUCUCCAAGUCCAGUCACACCUGGAGCCCGACAUCCAUCUGACUCGCACUGUCUCGAACGAGAUCAUUCAGAUGGACAGCGUGCUCCAGAUUGGCCGUCUCAAGGUCUUCACCGAUGUUGUGCUUGGACAUGGAAGCCAUGGCACUGUCGUCUAUCGGGGGUCUUUUGACGGCAGAGAUGUCGCUGUGAAGCGCAUGUUAGUUGAGUUCUAUGACAUCGCGUCUCAUGAAGUCAGCCUCCUGCAGGAAAGUGAUGACCACGGUAACGUCAUUCGGUAUUAUUGCCGGGAACAGGCAGCUGGUUUCCUGUACAUUGCCUUGGAGCUGUGUCCGGCCUCACUGCAAGACGUCGUCGAGCGUCCGGGUGACUUUCCUCAGUUGGUUCAAGGUGGGAUGGAUAUGCCCGAUGUCUUGCGCCAGAUCAUUGCGGGAGUACGGUACCUCCAUUCACUCAAGAUUGUUCAUCGCGAUCUCAAACCACAGAAUAUUCUUGUUGCCAUGCCUCGUGGUCGCACCGGAAUGGGUGCGCUGCGGUUGUUGAUCUCGGAUUUCGGCUUGUGUAAGAAGCUGGAGGACAAUCAAAGCUCAUUCCGCGCGACCACGGCCCACGCGGCCGGUACCUCUGGCUGGCGAGCACCGGAGCUGUUGAUGGACGAGGACAUGACCCCGGCCAUGCUAAGCACAGAAUCCCAGCACACUGAGUCUUCGGAGCCUGCCGUAGUUGACCCUCAGACUAAUCGCCGAGCGACUCGGGCCAUUGACAUCUUCUCUCUGGGCUGCGUGUUCUAUUAUGUCCUGACUCGGGGGUGUCAUCCGUUCGACAAGAACGGCAAGUUCAUGCGGGAGGCCAAUAUCGUCAAAGGCAACUACAAUCUUGAUGAGCUUCAACGUCUUGGGGAAUAUGCCUUUGAAGCCGAGGACCUGAUCCAAUCCAUGCUGGCGCUGGACCCACGCAAACGACCCGAUGCCAGCGCCGUCCUGACUCAUCCAUUCUUCUGGCCUCCCUCCGACCGGCUGAGCUUCUUGUGCGAUGUUUCGGACCAUUUCGAGUUCGAGCCACGUGACCCUCCGUCGGAUGCCCUUCUUUGUUUGGAGUCGGUGGCCGAGCGGGUGAUGGGUCCGGACAUGGACUUUCUGCGACUGCUCCCCCGCGAUUUCAAGGACAGCCUUGGCAAGCAGCGGAAGUAUACAGGAUCUAAGGUUCUGGAUCUCCUGCGGGCCCUGCGCAACAAGCGCAAUCACUACAAUGACAUGCCCGAACAUCUCAAGGCGCACAUUGGUGGGCUGCCGGAGGGCUACCUCAACUUCUGGACGGUCCGAUUCCCCAGCUUACUGAUGAGCUGUCACUCAGUGGUGGUGGAGUUGAAAUUGACCCGGAUUGAUCGGUUCAAGCGGUACUUCACUCCGGUGGAGUGAACGGGGGCUUUGUGAAUUCAUGUAAUGAUGGAGAGACGAAAUUCUGUACAUAUUUAUGGUAAUAGUGAUCUAAAAGUACCUUGGAGACUUGUAUCA